ACCACCACCACCAAUGAUCAGCCGCUAGUGACUGGGCGGAAGGCAGCACGGUCGUUACGGUUGUUUCGAGGAGAUGCUAUUGAUUUGGGGGAGUUGAUUGAUUUAGAGAAGAAGCAAGAAGAAGACCAACAAGAUAAAUUGACAUCACCCAUAAAACCAGAAGUACCCCAUACUCCCGACCCCCAAGGAGAAAAAACCCCAGUAUCAUCAGCAACGUACUUCCCGCAUACUCCAGCCGAAGACGAAACCAAUAAGGGAGUGGCUAGUUCGAUAUCCACCCCAAACCCAACCAUAACCAUUAAAGACCAUGACCAAUCCACCACUCUUGAAUAUCUACCAAAUGAAAAUUUGACCACAGAAGUGACCCAGCGAUUAACGGCAGACGUGGAAUUCGAUCACUCGCAUAAUGGAGAAAUCACCAAGAUCCAACGAGGAUUAGAAGAUUUUACCAUGAAGCCAGGUAAAAAUAAGAAAAAUGUCAAAUUUGAUAAACAAGUAUUCCCCUUAGCGGUCGAGCUAAGACCGUUUAAGAAUAAAGUUGGAGGACACACCGCGAUAUUUCGAUUUAGUCGGAAAGCAGUUUGUAAAGCAUUAAUGAACCGAGAAAACUUAUGGUACGAAGCGGUGGAAUUUAGACAUCCCGAGUUAUUAAAGUAUAUGCCUAAAUAUAUCGGAGUCUUAAACGUUCGCUAUUCCAGUAUUAUAAAUGAAGAACAAGAAGAAUCACCACCCACUCCCAUGUCCUCACCCAAAAUGGCUGCUGAAAACCAAGAAGAUGAUCUACCACCAGAAGUGGUGCUUGAUGAUAAUCGACAUAUGAUUCCCGAAUUACUAUGGAAACAGUACAGUCCGCUGAUACACGAGUAUCUUGAAGAUAACCAUAAAGAAGAAGAUGCUAAUUUGGGCUCAACAUCCAUUAAUACUGAUUUACAAGCCCAAGUAAUACAAGAAGUGUUUCCAACAACCAACGAUGAAAUGUUCACUAUGGAUGAAGAUAUCGCUCCGGUGAAUAUGAAAAAACAUACCCGAUUCGAACGGUUUAUCUUAUUAGAAGAUCUAACCGCCGAUAUGAAUAAACCAUGUGCAUUGGAUUUGAAAAUGGGGACUAGACAAUACGGAGUAGAAGCAAAUGAAAGAAAACAAAAGCUGCAAAGAUUAAAGUGCAAACAAACCACUAGCAGAAAAUUAGGGGUUCGAGUAUGUGGAUUACAAGUAUGGGAACUGCAAAAACAAAAAUUUUUCACCAAGGAUAAAUACUUUGGACGUCAAAUUGCCAGAGGUUUCCAAUUUGCCAAAAUAUUGGCAAAAUAUCUAUACGAUGGUUAUACCACCCAUAGCAUCCUAAUCAAAAUCCCCGGAAUAAUCAAUCAGCUACAAGAGCUAUACCAAUUCUUCAUAAACCUAGACGGUUAUAGAAUGUAUGGUCUGUCAAUCUUAUUAAUGUACGAUGGUAACCUUGAUAACAACUCCUCAGUUAAGGUUCGAAUAAUCGAUUUUGCUCAACUGGUGAUAAAAGAACUGAAUCUCAAAGGUAUCAGUCUUCCUCCAAAAUUCCCAAACCUACCCGAUAUGGGUUACCUAAGAGGACUAACUUCUUUAAUCACCUACUUCAAGUUGAUUUUUAAAUUAUUGAGUGGGUACGCUUUUGUCGACCCGCAAAACGCAGCCUCCGUCCUACGCUCCAACCACUACAAAACUACCUGCAAGUGGUUGGACGACUACGAUAACCUCAUGGAAGACGAUCCGUUCAACACUACCUAUCCUGAAUACGACGAUGAUGAUGAU